AUGAGCGAGGAGUUGGAGAUCACUGCUGCGAACUUGUUUCUGGGAGCCACCGCUCGUUUGAACGUCAUCUCAUGGGAACGGAGACAACUUGCGUGUCAUAUCUUUACCGCAAACUGCAUCAAAGGAAACGUAUUCAUUGCCCGAACUCUCUUCAACCGACUAAACAAUAUCAGUGUUGUCUCGGAGGGGAUGUGGGCCACCCUCAUGCAUUUACUCGCCAAAGAGGGCCAUAUCGACUCUGUCGGUGUCCUCUAUGAAAGAUUCAGUUCCAAAUUUGUUGUCCCCACCCAUCUGCUGGAGGUUAUUCUCCGGUGCCUUAUCGAGUCCAAGCGGUUGGAAGAGGCCAAGCAUCUCUUCCACCUGCGUUUCAAGAAUGACUAUAACUGCGGCCUGUGCGGGGCUUACCUUGAUGGACUCUGGAGGAAGACUAGGAGUAUCGAAUUACUCAAGGCAGAAUUUGCCAAGAUUCUUGAAAGUCUUCAAAGCCUUGGGCGAAAACCAACCGAAAAGCUGUUUAAUCCGAUGGUCAAAGCCUUGGUUGAAUCGGGUCGUUCCGAAGAGGCCGAGGUUUUGGUUCAAGAUAUGCCAACCAAGUACGACGUGCAGCCUGGAUCCCGCACCGUUGGAUUGAUCAUUUAUAGCAGGGCGCUCAAUUGUGAUUGGGAUCGGGUUAUGGAUGGGUUAUACGCCAUGCACGAAGCAGGAUUUACUAAGCAAAAGAAGGACUUUGCUCUCGCUUUUGACCGUGUCUUCCUCGAAUACUAUCCAACCCACACGGGCGAACAAACAUUCGACUUGCUCAUUUCAUGCAUCAACGAAUUUGAAAUCGUGCCUGACAGAGUUCUUCAUCGACACAUAAUCGAAGCGAUCGUUGAAAAGGGCACCGAGGAAAUGCUCGAAGCCAUCACGGAGAUGGCCAUCCAGCGUCAAUGGAACACCGGCAUCGGCGAUGAGGAAAUUGCGACGAUUCUCAAAACGAGACGGCUCGCAAUGACCAACAGCCCGGUGGGAAUUUGGCGAAUGAUGCAAGCAGCCAAGGACCGACAAGCAUCUUCGUCUUCUUCUCAGCGCAUCCUUGGCACUAGCUUUGAGACCUGGGCAGUGCGAGGAGAGAAGAUAGCGCCAAUUCACGCUCCCGCCGAGGAAAGCUUCUCCGAAACAGUGAACAAUAUGGUGGAAUCCAAAGAUGCCAGUUGGUACGUCCCGCUCCACAAGCGAAUGGAGCACUAUCUUAACAUGGGCCGGCCCUAUGAUGCUCUGGGGGUGUAUCAACACGCUACCAAUAGUGGUUUUGUCGUUAGACCGCUCCAUCUAUCUUUGGCUGUGAUUGCCUCGAUUCUUGAAGGCAAAACUGGCCUCAUUAACGCGCGACGCAUGAUCACCUCCGAGUGGGAUUACUGGAAGAAGGUUCCAACACUCCGUUACAGCAAGCGGUUUACGCCAUGGCUCCCUGUUUUCUUCCAGCGGGUUAGGCAGAUUGAUCCAAGCGUCGUCGGACGCGCGGGGUUGAUCAAGAUGGCCAUUUUCGAAUACUACACCAUUUGCAACAAUACCCCCGGUCUUAAUGUGAAGCACUUCUGUGCGGCUUCUUACAGUCAGUACCUGCUCAAGGGUGGAUCGCCAGAAAUUGCUGUCGAUCUUCUCACGACGAUUUACCAAUCUCGCUGGAAGAUCUCUCAUGGAUUUGAUCAGGUCCUGUUGAAGUUGCUGCUACGGGCCUUUGGCGAGCUCCGCAACCUCAAGGGUGUCUGGUGGUGUAUACUGACGGUCCUAUCACGACAAGAGGCGAUCAAGCCUGAAUUCGUCGUGGAAGCUCUCUCCCAGAUGACUUCAUUGGACGAGGCACUGGCCGAUACCUCCGGCAGUAACACACAGCAACUCUGGACAUUGCACAAGGCCGUUGAGGUGCUACAAGCCAAGUCUCGUGGUGACGAAUACUGGGCAAACCUCAGCGUCGACUCAGCGUGGAAAAAGUCAAGACGUUCCCAGCUCACUCGGCCUGAGAAGGAAGACCCUUUCUUGCCUACUGGCCCUCUCAAGGAUCUGAUCCUGAAAUUUGACGAAGAGUGGGAGUUGGACUUGCUACUAGGACGCAAGCAGUUUAAUACUGCCGAGCAGACAAAGUGGUGGGCAGAGCACAACCUCGCGAACUGUCACACGGUGGCACCAGAAGACCGCGAAUAUCCUAUCUACAGGGACCAAACCUGGGAUACAUAUUACGUGCCGGAGGAGUGA